GCGUCUUCAGUUGCAGUCGUCGCCGCUAGAUGGCGGCGUACUCCGUCCUGUUGUCGCCGCCCCGCCAGCCCACCACAUGUGUUGCUAGCGCACGGUUGUUUGAUAGGUCUCUCAGCACGUAAUAUUCGAAGGAGGACGACCAGAAUGUUUUAAAAAUUUUGUUCUGCGUAUACAGGUUAUGUUCUUCUGUUUACUGUGGACUUGAUACUGUUCUCCAGCCUGAAAUAGUCCUGACAGACAAAUACCGGACUCAUUGAUUCAUUAUGACUGAAUAUCAAGUUGGAAGUCUUGGAAAUUUGAUAUCGGGCAAUGCUGACAGUAAUUCUGGAACCAAAAUAGUGUAUGAGAAAGUGACACUCAACAAUCGUGCUUCGAGAAAUAGUCAUGAAAGCCAGCUAAAGCCCAAGUCCAAAGGUACCUCCACUUUCAGAGAAAAGGGUAGAAAGUUAAAGGAAAAGAUAGCAAGUCCCUUUUCGCGAAAAACCAAACCUGACAUUGCAGGUGAUGAUAGUGUAAAAACUGUAGCAAAGUCCUGGAAACAUAUUCCUGAAAGUGAUGAAGCAACAGUGGUUGAUGGUGUUGAAGCUCUACCAGAUACGUUUUCUCGCAAUGCAGCAAGACGAAUCCACUUGAAAAAAAAUACAAAGAAACAUGUGGAUGAACCUGAAAGAGAAGCACGAACCAUAUUUGUUGGGAAUAUUCCUUAUGCGCAUGCAAAGAAGAAGAAACUUAUAAAAUUCUUCUCUAGUUAUGGAAAUGUUGAAUCAAUCCGAUUUCGAUGUGCUCCCCUUAAAGACCCCCGUAUGUCCAAAAAGGUUGCGGUAAUCAAGCAUGAAUUUCACCCUGAACGUUCAAGCAUCUGUGCGUUUGUGGUAUUCAAAUCAGAGAGUGAAGCAAUUCACGCUAAAGAGGCCAAUGGUGCGGUUUAUCAUGACCACCAUCUUCGUGUUGACAUGGCUGGAAAUGCAGCUAAAAAGGAAUUUGAUCCUAAAAAAUGUGUAUUUAUUGGCAACGUUGCCUUUUCUGCAGAGGAAGAAGACUUAUGGGAUUUAUUUUCCAAGUGUGGUGCAAUUGAAAGUGUUCGCAUUGUCAGAGAUCCUGUUACCGCUGUCUCCAAAGGAAUAGCAUUUGUGAAUUUUGAAGAUGCAGAUGCUGCUGAACUGGCUCUCCAAUUAGAUGGAGAGACAAUAAAGAAACGUAAGCUAGCAGUCAGGCGUCAUAAACCUAAUUCAAAGCCAUCCUUAGAUAAAUCUUCUGAUCAAGCUCUACGGCAUAAAGGAGCUAAGCCUCUAGAUGAGAAAACUAAACAGAAACAAAAGUUGAAAGAUGAAGUAAGAUUACAGAAAAAAGAAAAACGAAAGCUGCGCAGAGAGGGGGAGAAAUUGCUUGGUAUUGUUAAGAAAAAGAAGAAUGAUGAUUCCAGUGAAGCCUCUAAAAUGGAAAAGGCUGACAGUGCAACCCUACCAAAAGCUGGAAAAAAAACAAAGUUUGAAAAUGAAAUAGAUCAAGGUGAAACUAAAACUGUCGCCACAUUACCUAAAGCUGGAAAGAAAUCUAGAUUCCAGGGCCAAACUGUUGAGGACAUAAAGAAAAAGAAAAAGAAAAUUAACAAAGGGGAGCUAAAGAAGAAAACGGUUGCACACUUACUUGGUGGAGGCUUGCAGAAGAAAAAGAAGGUUUAGGUUGUCAAUACUUAUAUAUGCCUUCCAGUACAAAAUUGUAAAAGGGAGAGUUACCAUUUGUGAAAUUUCAAUGUAUUUUGUAACUGUCAUGAAAGUGAGACAGAAAGUUGUAACUAAUCUUGCAAAAUUAAUCUUGCUGUAGACUUUUUAAGACUUUGAAAUGAAUUACUGUAUUUAAAACAGAA